AUGUCCAAGUUCUUAAAAGAGAUGUGCACUGUCAAGAGAGACGCGAGUGUCCAUAAAAAGGCAUUUUUGACCCAACAAGUUAGUUCCAUAAUCUCACAAAAGUAUCCAGUGAAAUUUAAAAAUCCUGGUUGUCCUACUGUCACAUGUGUCAUAGGUAGCCAGAAGAUAGAAAAUGCUCUUUUAGAUUUUGGGGCUAGUGUGAAUCUUUUACCGUUCUCGGUAUAUGAACAACUUGGACUAAGUGAGAUGAAACCAACUAGGAUAACUCUACAGUUAGCCGAUAGGUCAGUCAAAAUCCCACGUGGAAUUAUUGAAGAUGUUUUGGUUCAGUUAGAAAACUUUAUCUAUCCAGUUGACUUUGUGAUUUUAGACACUCAACCUAUCUCUAGUCAAGAUAUCAAUAUCCCAAUCAUCCUAGGUCGUCCGUUUCUAUCCACUGCAAAUGCAGUGAUACAUUGUCAAACUGGCCUAGUAGAAUUUUCAUUUGGGAAUCAGAAAAUCUCGGUGGACGUUUUUAAGGAAUUACAAUCCCCACCGGUCCCCGAAAACUAUGAGUCUAUAUGCAUGAUUGAUUUUCUAGUUGAGAAUACCUUUAACACCAAUAGUGUUAGCGAUCCUUUAGAGGCGUGCUUGGACCACUUUGGAGCCUACUAUGAUGAGGAUAGUCAUUUUAAAGAAGUUAAUGCGUUGUUAGAUUCUGCGCCAGUAAUGAAUUAUGGAAUUGGUAAUGAGAAUACUCUUCCUGCCAUAAUUGCCUCUGAAUUGGAGCCUGAUCAGAAAAGUAGACUAGUUAGUGUUCUCCGAGAGCACAAGACUGCAAUAGGGUGGACUAUAAUAGAUUCGAAAGGAAUUAGUUCUCCUGAUUGUAUGCACCACAUCUACCUAGAAGAAGGUGCCAAAACCUCAAGAGAAAUGCAGAGACGUUUAAAUCCGAAUAUGAAGGAAGUUGUCUGCACUGAGUUUCUUAAGUUAUUAGAUACCCCAUCUCUGAUAGUAAAUGGGUCAGCCAUGUCCAGGUUGUCCCAAAGAAGUCUGGGAUUACAGUAG